AUGAUACUGAUUCAGGGACAACCAUCACUGAGCGCAUUCGAGCAACGUCAACGUCGUCUGACCAAAUCAACCGGUAUUUCGUGUCUGUUCACAGUGCUCCUUUAUGUGCUGCCAAUAUGUCUAUAUUCAGCGUUCGGCAGUUCAUCAAAUCAACAGCUAGUGAACAUUCUAGCCGUAUACACAGGAAUCAGCACAAACUUAAUCCCGUUAAGUAAUAUAUUUGUGCUAACGACCAAGCAUACUGAUAUCAAAGAACAACUUCUUCGAAUGAUACCAUUCCACUUCAACAAAUCAGCUGUUCAUCAUCAAAUUCCUCUUUCACAACAAGGUUUCUUCAAACGUCUUUCAGUGUCGACGCAGUCGUCAACAAUGUGGCGAAAAACACAGCCGCGGAAUUUCCCUCCCUGA